AUGCCAGCUGAUACGAGCCUGGUGGACUCUAGUGCUAUAAGGCUGAACCCCAGCAAAGCGCUUGCCAUGAGCUAUGGGAAACAUGUAGAGCUGAGAAUAUUCAGGAACUGUGCUGAUGCCACCAGUCCUCUGGUGAAGACUACGGGAAACCACAAUAACAACUACCAACAAGCAUUCAUCUUGCUGGGCUUUUCUGAUCACCCUCGACUGGAGAUAAUUCUCUUUGCUUUUGUCUUGGUCUUCUACAUCCUGACCCUUGUGGGCAACACUGCCAUCAUCUUGUUGUCAAUCAUGGAUGCCAGGCUCCACACACCAAUGUACUUCUUUCUUGGGAAACUUUCUUUCUUGGACCUCUGCUUUACGACCAGCAUUGUCCCCCAGCUGCUGUGGAACCUUUGGGGUCCAGAGAAGACCAUCUCCUACCAUGGCUGUGUGGCCCAGCUCUAUAUCUACAUGGUGUUGGGCUCAACUGAGUGUGUUCUCCUGGCUGUCAUGUCGUAUGAUCGCUACAUGGCCGUCUGCCAGCCGCUGCACUACACUGUGGUCAUGCACCCACGUCUCUGACUGCAGCUGGUGACUGUGUCCUGGUUCUGUGGCUUUCUAAACUCAUUUGUCAUGUGUCCCCAGAUAAUGCAAGUCUCCCGAUGUGGGUGCAACACAGUGGACCAUUUUCUGUGUGAGAUGCCUGCUCUUAUUGCCAUGUCCUGUGAAGACACCAUGUUUGUGGAAGCAUUUGCCUUUGCCCUGGGUGUCGCCCUUCUCCUGGUGCCCCUCUGCCUGAUCCUCAUCUCCUAUGGCAUGAUUGCUGCUGCUGUGCUGAGGAUCAAGUCAGCCACUGGGUGCCAGAAAGCAUUCAAUACCUGCUCUUCCCACCUAACCGUGGUCUCCCUUUUCUACGGGACCAUCAUCUACAUGUACCUGCAGCCAGCCAAUAGCUAUUCCCAAGACCAAGGCAAGUUCCUCACCUUCUCCUACACCAUUGUCACUCCCAGUAUCAACCCCUUGAUCUACACUCUGAGGAACAAGGAUGUAAAGGAGGUGAUAAAGAGGCUCCUGAGGGGAGAGAAGGGGGCCAGGGAAGCCUGA